GGUACAGCUCCAACUAUAUUUUUGAUCUGGCUGCACGCACACACAUAUGCUGCAACAUAAGUACAGGUGAUCUUACUUUUGCCAACUCCGGUGACACUCCAAGACGUCCACUCGCAGUCCAAGAUGACGGCAAGCUGCGUUGCUAGCGCGACCCAGCAGAUCCGGGAGGCGCAGCGCGCGGACGGACCGGCCUCCGUGCUUGCCAUCGGCACGGCGAACCCAGCCAUCUGCGUGCGGCAGGACGAGUACGCCGACUACUACUUCCGCCUCGCCAACGCAGAGCACCUCACCAAGCUCAAAUCCAAGCUCAACAGAAUCUGUCAAAGCUCGGGCAUCGAGAAGCGCUACUUCCACCACACGGAGGAGAUGCUGGGAGGCCACCCCGAGCUCACGGACCGGAAGCUGCCAUCCCUGGACACCCGGAUGCGCAUUCUUGCCACCGCCGUCCCCGAGCUCGCGGCGGCCGCCGCGGGCAAGGCGAUCGCCGAGUGGGGCCGCCCGGCAACGGACAUCACCCACCUCGUCGUCAGCACGUCCUCCGGCGCGCACGUGCCGGGCGCCGACCUCCGCGUCGCGUCCCUCCUGGGCCUGGCCCCCACCGUCCGCCGCGCCAUGCUCUACCUCAGCGCUUGCAACGGCGGCUCCACCGCGCUCCGCCUCGCCAAGGACAUGGCCGAGAACAACCGCGGCGCGCGCGUCCUCGUCGCCUGCGCUGAGCUCACCCUCGUCUGGCUCCGCGCGCCCGACGGCGAUGCCGAUAGCGACACGAUUAUCAUGCAAGCCCUGUUCGGCGACGGCGCUGGGGCCGUGAUCGUCGGCGCCGACCCCGAACUCGUCCAAGGCGUCGAGCGCCCGAUUUUCGAGAUGCUGGGCGCGUGGGAGACAGUGAUUCCGGAGUCCGAGCACGUCGCGACGGGACGGCUCGGCGAGGACGGGGUCGUCUUCCGCCCUUCCGUGGAGCUGCCGUCGCUGGUCCGAGCGAACAUCGAGCGGUGCGUGGCUGACGCGCUGGCGCCGCUCGGCUUGAGCGGCGGUGACUGGAAGGACCUUUUCUGGGCGGUGCAUCCAGGCGGGCGGGCGAUCUUGGACGGCGUCGAGGCGGAGCUCCGGUUGGGGCCCGAGAAGCUGGCGGCGAGCCGCCACGUGCUGACCGAGUACGGGAACAUGUCCGGACCGACCGUGGUAUUCGUGCUGGACGAGAUACGGCGACGCCAUGACGAACACGCGGAGGGACGCCACGGUCUGGGUGUGAUGCUGGGGAUCGGACCGGGGAUUACGGUUGAGACGAUGGUGCUGCGCGCCACCGGUGGCAAAUUCACCACCAAAUAAAUGCAGUGUGUUCUUGGGAACUAAAAAUAAAUGUUAAUCGUACAUUUAAUAUUUCGACAACAAUUUAGAAUCGGAGGGAGUAAUCAACUUCUAAACAAUGUUUAUGUAUUUCAAACAAAUGUUUAGGACUUCCAAAACAAAUGUUCAUGUAUGUAUCUUUACACUUCUAUAAACGAGUUGAGUUGGUGGUCGUCGUUCACCCUACAAA